CUAACCAAAAUUUCUUGUCAUUGUGAAAAAAUGGCGACCGCGGUUCAUCAGUCAAAUGUUAGUGAUUAUUUAUCAAAAAAGCAAAAAGAAAGCCCUAAGGAACUGGGCGCAGAAUGGGCUGAGCUCGAGGAGCUCCACAAUAAAAAAUUGUGGCAUCAGUUAACAUUAAAACUGUUAACUUUCAUCAAAAAGCCAGAGAUACAGAAAGGCGACAAUGUUAUUCACCUUUACAAUAAUUUCAUCCAAACCUUCGAAAAUAAAAUAAACCCUUUGUCUCUGGUCGAAAUCGUUGCUAUUGUAGUUGAACAUUAUAAGGUUCCCCAAGAGGCCGUAGCAUUCUUAGAAAAGACAGAACCCAAAGUUAAAAUAAACCCUGAUGCGCAAAAUUUAUGUAAAGUUCUUGCGGGACAGAUUUACAUUGAGAAGUUAAACGAUCUAGACGCGACCAAAAAGAUCAUCGAAGAAGUUGAGGCUACUCUGGACAAUGCUGAUGGAGUCACAGCUGUCCACGGCAGGUUUUACCUACUCGCGUCACAGUACUACAGAAUCCAAGGCGAUCAUGCUCAGUACUAUAGAACAGCCCUACGGUAUUUGGGCUGCAUAGAAUUGAAUACUCUCACUGAGGAGAUCAAAAUCCAGCACGCUUUCUUCUUGGGAUUGGCUGCACUUUUAGGCGAAGGCGUGUACAACUUAGGGGAACUCCUAGCGCAUCCGGUACUAGAAACUUUAAAGCCUACCGAAAAUGCUUGGUUGAUCGAACUUUUGUACGCUUUCAACUCGGGUGAUAUCAACAAAUUCGAGAAGAUGAAGUCUCAAUGGGGCACAAUCGCCGAUCUUGCCGCACAGGAGCUAUUUCUGAGGCAGAAGAUAUCACUUUUGUGUCUUAUGGAGAUGACUUUUAAGAGGCCGUCUCACAAUAGGCAGUUAACGUUCGCUGAAAUCGCUAAAGAAACGAAGCUGCCGAUAAAUGAGAUCGAGCUUCUAGUUAUGAAAGCAUUGGCGCAGGGACUAGUUAAAGGUGCCAUCGAUCAGGUUGCCAGUACCGUAAAUAUGACUUGGGUGCAACCCAGAGUCCUGGACCGGUCCCAGAUAUCCGGCAUGGUCGACAGGUUGAACGAAUGGUGCAAACAUGUCGGAAUGAUGGAGAAGUUGCUAGAAGAGAAGGCCAGUGAAAUAUUAACUUUGUAGUAGGUACUAAUUAUUUAUAUUCUUUUUCCUCCGAAAACUAUUUUUUAAAACUUAUUUACAAUAAAACCUUGUUCAA